CAGACACAGACAAUGAAUGAACGAGCGAGACUGCGAGUGAACGAGUAACUGACCAAGUCAGUCAGUGGGCCGACGGUCGGAUCCCCCCCUUUGCGACUUUUGCCGUCUUGCCGUCUCAAUUGAAACUAAAACUAAACAAAAGCCCGCGGUCCCGCACGCCCUGCGCCGCCCUACGCACCCUCGCACGCUCUCCACGCACCACGCCACUGCCGCCGGAGGAUAACCUAACCUUGCCUUGCCUUCCAGGGUACUUUACUUGGCUGCGCCCCGCCCGCUCGCUCCCGUCCGCACCUGCAUCUGCAAACCCCUCCGCAACCCGGUCACGAAGAAAGGGAAAAGCAAAAACAAAAGCAAACAAUUGCAAUACGAAGAGUUCGAGAAGGACAUACAUACAUACCUUGCCAGCAACCGAACAGCCAUGGCCGAGAACCCGACGACGACGACGACGCCCGCAGCCACGGCUGUCCCGCUGGAUGUCGACCCUGACUUCCUUCGGCACUCUGACAGCGACACCGACAGCGCAGUCGGCAGCAUCGACGAGCAGCUCUCGAGCUUCAGCACCUCGCUGACGUCCAGCAUCACCAACUACCCGGUCCGCAACGGGCGCCGCUACCACGCGUACAAGGACGGCAGCUACAUCCUGCCCAACGACGACGAGGAGCAGGACCGCCUCGACCUCGCCCACCACAUGAUGCUCAAGCUCAUUGGCGACCGCCUGUUCCUCGCGCCGCUGCCGGACGACUUUGCCGGCAAGAUUUUGGACGUUGGGACGGGGACGGGCAUCUGGGCGAUUGAGAUGGGCGAUCGCUUCCCGAGUGCCGAGAUCUUGGGCAAUGAUUUGAGCCCGGUGCAGCCGACUUGGGUCCCCACGAACGUCAAGUUCGAGGUCGACGACGUCGAGAACGAGUGGACCUUCCCCACGCCCUUCGACUACGUCUUCUCGCGGUACCUGGCCUCGGCGAUCGGCGACUGGCCGAACCUGGUCAAGCAAGCCUACAAGAACGUCAAGCCCGGCGGGUGGGUCGAGUUCCAAGACUUCGACUCGAUGUUCUACUCGGACGACGGGUCGCUGACGCCCGACCACGCGAUCCACAAAUGGAUCAGCACGCUGGUCGAGGCGUGCGGCAAGCUGGGGCGGUACUCGCUGCCGGGCCACAAGCUGCCCGAGUGGUUCAAGGAGGCCGGCUUCGUCAACAUCCACCACGAGAAGUUCAAGCUGCCCAUUGGGCCGUGGGCCAAGGAGAAGCGCCAGAAGGAGGCCGGCCUCCUCAACCUCAUGCAGGUCAUUGAUGGGCUCGAGGGCUUCUCGCUGCGCGUCUUUGUCGACAUCCUCAAGUGGGAUAUCAAGGAGGUGCAGGUGCUGCUGGCCCAGGUCCGCCAGGACCUCAAGGACAAGAGCAUCCACGCCAUGUUUGACUUCCACGUCGUCUGGGCCCAGCGCCCCGAAUAAGCGCCCGCUUCGAUGGAUGUACAUAUGUGUGUACGUAUGUGUGUGUGCUCGCGCGUGCUUUGCCCCUUCGGAUACCUGCGUCUCGGCAUUUAUAUAUCGGCCGGCAUCUGGACUGCGUUCAAGCGACAAACCAAAAACCAACAACAUGAUGUUGAUAUAUACCCCACGACAAGCCUGCCUUUUCUUUUCUUUUUUGUUUUAAAGUUUUGCUCAAGGAUGUUAGUACUAUUACCGAGGCCGAGAAAAAAAAUGUUCUGCAGAGGGUGAGAGGGAGAGGGAGUCAAAGCGGAGAAGGGG